UGGGACCUGGUAUCACCUGAGGCAGUUGGAGAGAUACUUGCCCAACUGCUAGCAGAUGAGGAACUGCCUAUGAAGCUGGGAUGUGCUUGAAAAAAUUAUAAAAAAGAGAGUCAUGAAGGCUGUGGUGGGAUGGGAACAGGUGGUGCCACCAACAGAAUGAUGCACUUUUAAAAUCAGCUACUUUGUGGAAGAUGGGAAAUACGCAUAUAAUUUAAAAGAUACUAAGGCUGAAUCUGGCAAUUAUAAAUCAGUGAUCACUGAUAAAAAAUGAUUGGAAAGAUCACUCAAAAUGUAAAGCACAAAGGGUUUAAUGAUAAAUCUAAGAAUGUGCAUAUCAAAGUUUCUGCACAGACAACAGAUGCAGCGAACGAGACAGAACAGAAUGCCACAGGAACAUCAACUAGACCAAAGAAGAUCACAGAGACAACCACGAAGCAUACACUGCCCACACAGUCGAGCACAUUAUCAAAGUACAGCCCAUCUUCAAUUCCUAAAGAACCAGAGGUCUCAAAAAAUCACACUGAACCCAGGCAUGUGAACACAAUCGCUGAAACCACACGAGUACCCAAGACGACUAGCAGACAUGACAUCAGGAUGACCACGGAAACUCUAGGACCCAUCAGGACGGACACCCCCAACAGGACAGACACACCCACUGCAGAACCCCCGGAGGCAAGACAACACUCUAAGCUAGUGACGAUACUCAUCAUUGUCUUUGUAAUCCUUCUUCUUGCUCUCACAUUCUGUCUUUGUUACAUCCGGAUGAAGCUAAAGAAAGAUCAAUUUAACCUCAAAAGAGGAGAUACAAGCGGAGACGAUUCAAGCAUUCCAUUAAAAACUAUUGAAAUGCCAGCCUCAAAAUCAGAUGGAGAAAUGAAAUGAAAUUCCUCUCAGUUCAGAGCAAUUUAACAGCUCCUACAAAAAGAAUGAAUAUGACUGAAUCUUCCGGGAAAUCUGCUUAAUUAGAGAAAAUGGCAUACUCAGUUGUGUAAACUCCUUUAACAGGACAUUUUGUGAAUCAACAAAGCUAGACACAAUAAUUAACAGAGGUUAAUUGUUGCUACUAUUAAUCUUCCCUUAUUCAUUUCCUUCUGUUCCUACUCCACUGUGACCUUGUUAAAAAGCCAAGUUCCCUAAUAUAGGGAUGUCUUCAAAAGGAAAUUACUGUGUUGUAGCUUGACUGAGAAUUUACA